GUGGAUUCCAUUGGUUUCUUCAGUGAUGGCUUUAAGCUCAAGAGCUCAUGCCUUCUCCGUGGAAGCUUUGGUGGGGAGAUCGACCAAAAGGAAACUCCGAGACUUGCGGGAUGAGCACCCGCCGCAGGAUCUGCUGGAGAAAGGCGAUAAGGAGGAAGAGGAGGAAGACAGAGAAAUCGGGCUGCUGAGGAAAAUCGAGGAAUCGGAAAAGAGACCCAAAGCAGAAACUUCAAUGACUGCUUUCUCCGGGGGCCACGAAAGUCCGGAAGAUAAAGAUAACGUCCAGGCAGAGCUGCAAGGCUCCGAGCUAUGGCAGAGAUUCCACGAGAUUGGGACGGAGAUGAUUAUCACCAAAGCCGGCAGGAGAAUGUUCCCUUCUGUUCGCGUCAAAGUGAAGGGUCUGGACCCCGUGAAACAGUAUUACAUUGCUAUCGACGUGGUGCCAGUGGACUCCAAAAGAUACAGAUAUGUCUACCACAGCUCCCAGUGGAUGGUGGCGGGGAACACGGACCAUUCGUGCAUCACGCCCAGGCUCUAUAUCCAUCCAGAUUCCCCCUGCUCGGGAGAGACAUGGAUGAGGCAGAUCGUCAGCUUUGAUCGUGUCAAGCUCACCAACAACGAGAUGGACGACAAAGGACAUAUUAUCCUGCAGUCCAUGCACAAGUACAAACCUCGAGUUCACGUCAUUGUGCAAGACAGUCGCUUUGACCUCGCCCAAAUCCAGUCCUUGCCAGCCGAAGGGGUCCAGACUUUCUCCUUCCCAGAAACUGAGUUCACCACAGUGACAGCGUACCAAAACCAACAGAUUACCAAGCUGAAAAUAGACCGAAAUCCUUUUGCCAAAGGAUUUCGAGAUCCAGGAAGAAACAGGGGCGUCUUGGAUGGACUUUUAGAGACCUACCCAUGGAGACCACCUCUCACCCUGGAGUUCAAAACCUUUGGUGCUGAAACACAAAGUGGAAGCAGCAGUGGCUCCUCCCCGGUGACCUCCAAUGGUGGGCCUCCCUCUCCUCUGAACUCCUUCCUUUCUCCACCUUGCUCACCACCGGCAUUUCACCUGUCGUCCAGCACCCUCGGAAUGCCCUACUCAGAAACCUACUUACACAACUUCAGUUUGCCUCUUUGCUACAAGAUUUGCCCGAGUAAUCUUUUGAGAACACCACCUCUUGUGUUUCCCGCUCCUGAAAAGCCUGGAAGCACCAAUCCUCAUUCUCUGCCUCCUUUCAUGAUGGAGGUACCCAUGUUAUCUUCUCUGGGAAUCCCCAAUUUGAAAAAUGGCAAAGCUGAAGACUUAAGUGGGCAGUGUCUGCAAAUGCCCCAUCCUGCCAAUCCAAUGUUAUAUGCACCUGCAAAUGUGUUCCCAUCAACUCCUAUUGCCCGAGAAGCCUUAGGUUGUACUUUACAUCCUUCCUCUGGCUUUUAUGGCUAUAACUUCCCCAUGCCAUCCAGACUGAUGAAUGCAGCCAGCCAUUUCCGAGUGAAUCAUGGCAUCCCAGCUUCCUAUCAGGAUGCCAGAUGUAACCACUCUCAUUGGCAUCCAACAAUUAACCACUGCCUCUAAUGUCACUUUGCAAGUUCAGAGAAGGACAUGUCCUUACUCAGGAGGGCACCACCAACAAAAGCUGGUGAAGAGGAGCUACGUUAUUAGAAGCCAUUGCUCCAUCCUGAAGUCCCUUACCCCAAAGGGAUCGGAUGAGUAUCUUGUACUUUACAGUAAGCAUCCCAGAGAAAGAAGAUUUGAAGAAAUAACACAGGGUUCUCAAAGCUGACUUUAGGGGAGAACUCCUUUCUGCCCCCAUGAACUGGACUAUGUGUAUUCCAUCCAUCCCCACUUACACUAGAACUGGACCCGCCUUUUGCCCUUUUGUCAUGGCAAAUUCUGUCUCCUUCCCCAAAUGGAUUUACUUCUCACGGUGUUUGGUACAGAGCAAAGGCCUUUCCUGUGCUGACCUCUGUGGCCGUUCUGGAAGGGGAUUCAAGUGUCCUUGGAAACCGUUCAUUUGCACUCCACUGCUGAAGCCCUGCUAGCAACCUCAAUGGGAAGGGACAAACAAGGACAAAAGGAUUUAGACUUUUCAUGAAACUCUGUAGCUGCUUCCUUUAAUUACCUUGAUGAUAAAAUCUGAACAUUUAAUGCUUAAGGAAAGCAAGAUAAAUGAAAAGCAAAACCUUCUGAAAUAGAUCUGAUCUUUGGUUUCCUUUUAUUUGUUUGGGAAUCAUGAAGCCUGUUUACUUGUGCCCUUAACUCACUUGCUAUCUUAGACUCUUGCCAAAAAGAAAAAAAGAAGUGACUGAAGUUCUCCAUGAAGAAGAAUAAGAGAGUUUGACUGAAGGGAAGGGUGAAGACAUUUGAGUCCACAAAUAGGAAAAUGACGUGAAAUUGGUUGAAUCUUACUUUCAUGUGUAAUUCAUGGUGAAAUAGACUAGAUAAAAGUAAUAGCAAAAAAAAAAGAGUGUAAAUAAUAUGUACUUGUCCUAAGCUUAUGAAUCUUGCAUUUCCCCCCUCAUCUGAUCUUAAAAUGCUAAGAAGUAUACGGAUAAUCUAUCAAAGGUAUGUGAAGACAAAUCCAAUUUUGAUUUCUCAUGGCACUAGGUCUAAUCAUUUUAUUAAGGAGAGGCCCACUACCUUGAAAGGGCCUGCUAUGACUUUGAAUAAGUCCUUCUCCCUCCACCCUCACCCCAACUCUCAGCAAAUAUGACCUAGAAAGACAUUUUAGUCAUUGUUCAGUUGUGUCCAACUCUUUGUGACCCCAUUUGGGGUUUUCUUGGCUAAAAUAGCAGAGUGGUUUGCU